AUGUGUUAUGAAGGUAUGGGUGAGGAGGAGAUAACGUCAGUGGAGAGGUUAGUAGCUGAGGCUCGACGGAAGGCCGCGCCGGGUGGAAUAUAUGGGACGCAGAUGCGGGAAAAGGCCCUUGGACUGGUCGCUCGGUGGGAAGGUGUGAAGGCGCGAUUCAAUGGUAAUGAGAGAAAAUUCGAGACAGUCGGCUCGCCCGAGGCCCUCCAAAGUGCCUUUGUUGAGGAGCUCAAACGCUUCGAUGACGAUGCGAUGGUGGAGAGGUAUGAUACUAGUGUGCUGGUGCCGGGGGGUAAGGCGGCGAUUGGGGCUAAUAUUGAUGCUAUGGUGGCGGCAACAAUGGAGGCUGAGAUGGCGGGAGGAGGCCAGCCAACUCGUCAGAGCAAGGGUAUCGAAGCUAAGCCGAGCCGGGCUCGCACUGACUCCAUCACUCUGCCAAGCUUGCCGAGCGCGGGAGAACAGACCAAGAGAGGAGCUCAGACGGCUAGGGCCUUGGGGAGCGCCUCUCGGAGCAGCCGUCGGGGUAGCCAGCAGGGACAAGGACAACCCAGUUUCUUCAUGAACAACGCUGGAGGUCAGCCCAGGAGAGGUUCCGUCCCGAAUCGCCCCACGGGAGCUGACAAAGCUGAUCUGAAUCAGCUGAUCAAAGAGGCUAAGGCUCGUCAAGCCCUCCUAAGAGCACAAUCGCAGACUAAACUGGAGGGUGAUAGUGGCGGUAAGACUGACCCAGAGGAGGUCCGUAGUCGCCUCCGUACGGGCAGGACCAGACAAGAGUUGGAAGCCGCGAUGAACGAGGCGAAGGAACUUGGUAUGACCUAUGAGGCGACUCUGGCUGAGAAGAAGCUGGAGGGGAUGAAGGAAUGA